UCGUUGCGAUGCAGGAAUUACAGAAUGAUGAUGGUUGUUCGACUUAGGCCGAAAAUGGCAAGGUGUCCAAACAUUUUCUUGAAACAAAAAAAGACUGAAAAAAACCAGACGCCCUACUAAUUUCUUGACAGGCAAGCAAAUUUCUACUAAAUUGGGAAAAAAAGUUCAAAAAGGUAAGAACUGAAAUAGGAAAGGAAUAAAAUUUGAAACAUGAAAAACCCAGCAAUUCUUAUAUUUGUUUCCUAUUCAGCUGCAAUAUAUAUUCAGACUUACUCACGUCCCAUUAAUGAGCCUAAACCCUAAACUUGAAUUUUCCUUCUUUGACGACCAGUAUAAAAUAAAAUCAUAAUUGAGAAAACAAAAACAAAAGUAGGGUUUUACAAUGAGAGGCUCAACUUUUUUCAACAGAGCCUCUUCAGUUUUUCAUGACCACCCUAUUUUGUCCAAGCUUAUUAUCAUCUCCACAGUCAGUGGUGGUGGCUUGCUGGUUUUUUCAGAUGCAAGUCCAUUCCAGAGUUUAAUCACGGAUUCAUCUUGUGAAGAUGAAGUUAAGACAAAGAAAAAGAUGGUCGUACUUGGAACUGGUUGGGGUGGAACUAGUUUCUUGAAAAACCUGAAAAACUCAAAUUAUGAUGUUCAUGUCAUAUCCCCCAGAAACUAUUUCACAUUUACUCCUUUAUUACCUAGUGUUACUAAUGGAACGGUGGAAGCUCGGAGUAUUGUCGAACCAAUUCGCAAUAUUGUCAGGAAGAAACCUUAUAAUGUCGAAUUCAAGGAAGCUGAAUGCUACAAGAUUGAUCCGGCAAACAAGAAAGUUUACUGUCGAUCAUCGAAUUCCGGUGAGACUAAGGAGUUCACUUUGGAUUAUGAUGUGUUGGUGAUGGCAAUGGGAGCUCGUCCGAAUACUUUCAACACCCCUGGUGUUGAAGAACAUGCCCAUUUCUUGAAGGAAGUAGAAGAUGCUCAGAAGCUCCGUAGAUCAGUGAUAGAUUGUUACGAGCGCGCGAGCCUUCCGAGUGUAAGUGAAGAAGAGAGAAAGCAGAUAAUGCAUUUUGUAGUUGUUGGCGGUGGUCCAACAGGCGUGGAGUAUGCUGCAGAACUUCAUGACUUCGCUUUUGAAGAUUUAGCAAAUCUUUAUCCUUCACUAAAAAGCUACCUCAAAAUAACAUUGCUUGAAGCAGGCAAUCAAAUUCUAAACAUGUUUGACAAAAGAAUAAGUGAUUUUGCUAGAGAGAAAUUCGAAAAAGACGGGAUUCAUGUAAAGACAGGAUCGAUGGUUGUCAAAGUGUCGGAUAAGGAUAUUUCUAUCAAGGAAACACAAACUGGACAAACUGAUUCCAUAUCAUAUGGAAUGGUUCUCUGGUCCACUGGCAUAGCAACUCGCCCUGUAAUCGUAGAUUUCAUGAAGCAAAUCGGCCAGGCUAACAGGCGUGUAUUAGCAACUGACGAGUGGUUAAGGGUCGAAGGAUCAGAAGGAGUAUAUGCCCUUGGUGAUUGUGCCACCAUUAAUCAACGCAGGCUCAUGGAUGAUGUAGAAGCAAUUUUCAGCAAAGCUAACAAGAAUAAUACUGGUGCUUUAGAUAUAAAAGACUUGAAAGAAGUUGUUGGCCAAAUAUAUGAGAGGUACCCUCAGGUUAAGCUUCAUAUGGAAAAAAACCACUUGAAAAAUUUUGAUGCUAUGCUGAAGAAAGCUCAAGAGAAUGACAAGAAACAGAUAGACCUUGAAACUUUCAAGAAUGCUCUAUCUAAAGUGGAUUUUCAAGUUAAGAACCUUCCAGCAACAGCUCAGGUUGCUGCUCAGCAAGGCCAAUACCUUGCAAAAUGCUUCAACCAGAUGGAACGCUGUGAAACUUAUCCCGAGGGUCCUCUCAGAUUUCGAGGAUCGGGUCACCAUCGUUUUCAGCCCUUCAGGUACAAGUAUUCUGGACAAUUCGCUCCGUUAGGAGGAGAACAGACUGCUGCUCAGUUUUCGGGAGACUGGGUUUCUAUUGGUCAUGGUACUCAGUGUCUCUGGUACUCAGUUUACGCAAGCAAGCUCAUCAGCUGGCGAACCAAAGCGUUGGUGGUGUCUGACUGGUUUAGACGGUUCAUUUUUGGAAGAGAUUCAAGUCAAAUCUGAUCUUUUUUUGUUCUGAUAUAAGAAGAGUAAUGUUUUCAUUUCAUUAAACUAGUCUAUUUUGAUUGUAACUUUGUAAGGCUUUGGUUGAGGACUGAAAAUUGCAGAUUUUGUUUCCCUGCAACAUCAAGCAGUGCCUUUAACAAUAGUCAUAAGCGAAAUUUAUCUGCAUUAAAGACA